UUCUCAGAACUGAUCUGACAUUUGGUAGAGCGGUGCUUAAAUAAAUUUAAAAAUAUGUGGGAAGCAAAGAAACAAUUAAUUUGCAGAAAUCUGCAAGAAGUCUUGGGAGAUGAUAAAAUGACUGCAAUCUUAAAAGAGCGAGAUUUGAAAAUUUAUUGGGGCACCGCUACCACUGGAAAGCCACACGUGGCUUAUUUUGUUCCAAUGAGCAAAAUUGCAGAUUUUUUAAAAGCUGGAUGCGAGGUUACAAUAUUGUUUGCUGACCUGCAUGCUUAUUUAGAUAAUAUGAAAGCCCCAUGGAGUCUACUGGAACUACGUACACAAUAUUAUGAAGCUGUGAUAAAAGCAAUGUUGGAAAGUAUUGGAGUACCCUUGGACAAAUUAAAAUUUGUCAAAGGUACAGAUUAUCAAUUAUCUCGUGAGUAUACACUAGAUGUUUACAGAUUCAGUUCUGUGAUAUCAGAACAUGAUGCAAAAAAAGCCGGUGCAGAGGUUGUAAAACAAGUUGAGCAUCCUUUACUGUCCGGUUUAUUGUAUCCAACACUUCAAGGUUUAGAUGAAGAAUACUUAAAAGUAGAUGCACAAUUUGGAGGUGUUGAUCAACGUAAAAUUUUCACAAUGUCUGAGAAAUAUUUACCACAAUUGGGAUAUGAGAAACGUAUACAUUUGAUGAAUCCAAUGGUUCCUGGAUUAGCUGGUGGAAAAAUGUCUUCAAGUGAAGAAGACAGCAAAAUUGAUUUGUUAGACUCACCGGCUAAUGUUAAGAAAAAGUUGAAACGGGCAUUUUGUGAACCAGGAAAUAUUACUGACAAUGGUUUACUGUCGUUUGUUAAGCACGUUUUGUUCCCAUUGUUCAAAGAAGGAGAAGCUUUCCUUGUCACCCGGAAAGCUGAAUUUGGGGGUGAUUUAACAUUCACAAACUAUCAGGACCUUGAAGACAGCUUUGCCAAAGAAGAAUUACAUCCAGGGGAUCUCAAAGGGGCUGUUGAAGUAUACAUUAAUCGAUUAUUGGAUCCAAUUAGAAAAACUUUUGAAAAACCUGAAUUAAAAGCAUUAUCUGAAAAGGCUUAUCCUCCACCGGGAAAAGCUGCAAAAGCAGGUGCUAAUAAUACUGCAAAUAAUGCUGAGGAGGUUUUAGGUCCUCAUCGCUUGGAUAUAAGAAUUGGACGUAUUGUUGAAGCAUCAAAACAUCCGGAUGCAGAUAGUCUUUAUGUUGAAAAAAUUGAUUUGGGAGAAGAGCAACCAAGAACAGUUGUCAGUGGCUUAGCUAAUUAUGUUCCCUUAGAAGAAAUGCAAAACCGUAUGGUAGUAGUUUUAUGCAAUUUGAAACCAGCCAAAAUGAGAGGCGUUGAGAGCCAAGGAAUGGUCUUAUGUGCAUCUGUUGAUGAACCAAAAGCUGUUGAACCAUUAAAUGUACCAGAAGGUGCAAAACCUGGUGAUGUUAUUAAAGUUGAAGGAUAUGAUGGAGCACCAGAUGCACAAUUAAAUCCCAAGAAGAAAGUGUGGGAGAAAUUACAAGUUGAUUUGAAAGUUAAUGAGAAUGGAGAAGCAGUUUGGCAAGGAACACCCUUACUUUGUCCAAGCGGACUUAAGUUGACUAGCAAAACUUUGAAAAAUGUUCCGAUCAAAUGAGAUUGCAUUUAUUAUGAUAU